CGUCCAUAUCACACUAACGGUGGGUGCUGUCUAUCUCCCAACGGUCUAGAUGAACUAAAACUUGAUGCUGCUUUCUACUCUUGGUUUCUCCGCUGCCGCUAAUUCACACUUCCAAACUUGCCCAUUUGAGCUUUAUAAUGAAAGGCUGUUUUAUUUUUGUCUCUCUCUCGCCCCCAAUUGUAGAAAAAAUUUAAGAUUUUUAUGUCAUAAAAUUGUAGAGAAAAGUUAUGGUAUUUGUAUCAGAAAUUUCAAGUUUUGGCUCAAUUCCCACGUGGCCAAUAAACAACCACUAUGCACCCUCGCCAAAAAUUGUCUCGCGCAAUCAAGUUUACAAUCACAGGGCAUCUGAUCGGAGAACGUGUGAGCUUUUCGAUUUGAGUAAAGAGUUGGUAUCGUAUAGGACUGCAUGGAACUGGCAAAAAGAGAUAGUUAAGGAGAAAAAGGCUUUAAUUGAAAAGAAUGUAGAGUGCCCAGAUACUCUGAUUGUAUUACAGCAUCAUCCUGUUUAUACAUUGGGCACAGGCAGUUCCUUGGACUUCCUCAAUUUCAAUAUACAGAAUGCUCCUUUUGAGAUUUUUAGAACUGAACGAGGAGGAGAAGUUACAUAUCAUGGGCCCGGCCAGGUAGUGAUGUACCCCAUUAUCAAUCUUAGAAACCACAAGAUGGAUCUCCAUUGGUACCUAAGGGCACUUGAAGAGGUGGUUAUUCGUGUUCUUUCUUCAACAUUUUCUAUCCAGGCUUCUCGCAUUGAGGGUUUGACUGGAGUGUGGGUCGGAGAUUUGAAACUGGCAGCAAUUGGAAUAAAAGUGAACCAAUGGAUAGCUUAUCAUGGUUUAGCCCUAAAUGUCACCACGGAUUUGACGCCGUUUGACUGGAUAGUCCCAUGCGGGAUCAAGAACCGAAGAGUUGGAAGCAUCAAAGGGUUGCUACAAGAAUUACAGUCUGGUAUUGAUUGUGGAAGUGGAGAUAUGCAUCAAUUUGAUGAUCUUGAGUUGAUUGAUAUUAGCUGCAAGUCUCUAAUUAGGGAGUUCUCUGAAGUUUUUCAGCUUAAUGUCUGUCACAAAACCUCAUCUAUUGUAGAGUUUUUGGAUAACACAACAAUCAAAAGCUUACGUGAUGACUAAGCAAUUAUUGUGAUAAUUAAAGAAACGCUCGUUUAU